CGACGCUCGUACUGUUUACUAGUAAUUUCAGCUGUCAGUUUUAAAAUAAUUAUGCCGUCGUGUGUCGUUCCCACUUGCAAAAAUGCAACAGGAUCUACGAAGAAAUUAGAUGGGAUCACCUUUCAUCUGCCAGCGCGCGUGGUCCUCUGGAGGAAAGGGGAAGGAAGAGAGAAUAACUCCUCUAAAUCUAAUCUAUGUAACUAAUGAGGAUAUUUGUGUCAUUAAUAAUAACAAUUGCGCUGUUUAAUAACCUAUAAUAUGUAAAAAAUACUUUUCACAUAGUAUAAACUGCGCGAGUGUUUUAAUACCAUUUAUGUGCGGAUAAUUCAUUCAGAUAAAACUAAUAUAGCCAUUAAUUACUCAGUUUCAAAAAGAUAUGCCAAAAAGGUAUGUUGAGAUUAUAAUUGUAAUAUUAAAACAUGAAUGUAGACAAAUAUGUUCGUCACAUUACGUUUACUAGAAAUAUUUUCACUUGUAUUAGUUUACUUAAUAAAUUAUGUAUGUGCAAACUACAAAAUGUAUUAUUUCAUUCUACCCCACCGUAUUAUCCAUGGUAUAGCCCUAUCAUCAUACCAAUUAUUGAGCUGAGUCCAAGAUAAGUUUCAGUAACAACUUGUGUAAAGGACUCUAGAUUAACAUACUUAAACAUACAUAUAUAUUUUUUGUAAAUACAUACAUAAUAUGCCAAGACCGAAAGAGGAGUAAAAGACCAGACUAUGCAGAUAAAUAAACUGUUUUUCAGAAAAAACGAGCACUUUAAUUUUUUUUUCUACUUCAAUGAAUAUAACAAGAAAGGGGUAUUAUAAAAGUUACCUUUAAUUUUAGUUAUGAUACUCACAUCCAAUUGUCAAACUUUGUUCCUAUUAAAUUAAGUCAAAAGGAAUGAAUAUAUUUUACCUAUUGAACGUUUAAUAAUUACCAUUUGACAUUACUGUCAUAUUAUACAUAAAAUUUUAAUUUUACCCCAAAAGCGGUAAUGUUAUGUUGCGCUGGUAACACUACGCGGGUGGGUGCGGCGCGGGCGGGAAGUUGUUUUGGACACAAUGCGCUCUGUACAAAUAAGACUAAAUGCUCCUUCUGGUUUGUUCUGUAUUCUGAGACUGUAAUUAUGACAUUUCGCCGACAAGGUGAUAACAUAAAAUCUGGUGAUAAUGAGUGACGCGACACGUCCUUGGCCCGUUAUUUUUUUUUUGACGUGAUAACGUCUUAUAAAUCGAUGAACACCGGCUGCACGCACGAAAAAGUGUUGUGUGAGCAGGAAACGCGCGUGGCAAAAAAGGUGCGUUUUUUGUGUGCACUCGGCGCCCGUUGGCGAAAUUCUCAUUGUUCAGAGGGGCGGGGGCUGCAGCAAAUGCAGUUAGGGUGCGCAAUGAAACUUUUACCUGCGGCUGUGAUUAUUUUGCUAUUGCUGGCAAGGAAACUCAACCAGUCAGUAUUGUCUUGCCGUCGGUUACCGAAGCAUGUCCUUUACGUGUUCUGAAAAGUGGUUGUUGGUGGAGUGGGGUAAUGGUACCCGUGGUGUUGUGAAUUCGAGGUUUAUGAUGAGGAAAACAAAUCUCCAGCUAAAAGCUGGUCGCUACAUCACUAUAAGAAAGAACGGGGAACAGCAGCUGGCUACGUAUCUAGCGAGAUCCAGUAAGUGAAACUCUUCUUCAGGACAAUUGAAUUAGAUUACUUUCUUACCAAUUACAUGUAGUUUUGUUAGUGUACGCCGUACGCAUCGCUUGAGUAAAUGUGAUUGUUUUGGAAAUAGGCAAUUACAAAUGCAAUUUUUCUAAGGUCAAUCCAAUUAAAUAAUGGACAUCUAACACUUGUUUAAUAAGGAAAUAUUAUUCUCUACCGAAUUAAAGCUAAAAUAAGUAACAUAUUACAUAAGUAGGUACAUAUUAAUAUAAGAAAAAACAAUAUUAAGAAAAUAUUUCGAAUUGAUUCAUUAUGAUUAAGACUAUAAGUAUCCUAAUCUUAUUCGAAUUGAGUAACUUACCGACGUAUGUGGAACACACAUGACUCUCUUCCCAACAAAACAAAAACGCGGGAAGACUUUUUAUUACCACGCGGCCUUCUCGAACACAACUUCGUUUAUUUCAAAUUCACUGUAAGAGCAGUGCAGCGCACAGUCAGCUAACAGAAAGUGAAAAUAUUGUUAUUCAAUUUUGUUCUAUAUGUCAAACACGUUAAGGUUAUUAUUCUCAUGGCGCUGUUUCUCUACAACGCACAUGCACAAUGUUUGUCGAAUAGAAAGCUAAAGAAAAGAAAAUACGAAGCUUAGGUUACAAAAUUCUCUGUAGCACCAUUGUGACUCCGUUUACAUGAAACAUAACUAUUAUUUAUAUUGGUCAUGGAACUAAUAAAAACAAAGUUGGUCCUAUACAAAUUAACAAUAUCUCAUCGACCAAAUUAAUGCCUCGUCUAUUAUGUAUAUUACUAGAAUCAAAUGACUUUUAUUACUUUAUUUAUUUAUAAUUUAUUACGUACCUACUAAAUUUUAUUACUAAUUAGUUUCUUUUAAUACAGAUGAUCGCCAAUUGUUGAAGCAGCUUUUAGGCGAUGACGCAGGGCCCAGUGUGCCACCAGAACCGGAUGUAGGAGAUUUUUCUGACAGCUCAUCCGAUUGGAAGCCGAGUGACGAUGAAGAAUCCGAUUCUGAGGUUGAAUCAAAAAGGCCAAAAUUGGAUGUUUCACGAAAAUCAAUUAGAGAAAAGCAUAACAAGAAAAUCAUUAAGCCCUCGAACAAAGUAGAACCACUCAUUCCUAAUAAUUCGUAUAAAAAACAACAGAGGAACUUGAAAACCUAUAUAAAUUGCCGUAAAAGGCAACAUGAGUCGACGCCAAAGAUACAAGAAAACAACAAUAACACGCAAUUAUUCAACGAUUCGGUGGAGUCCUCUAACCGCGCAUCUAUUACUCUUGAUAUGAUGCUUGUUAUUGGAAUACUUCAGGCAAUGAAUAAAAUAGCACAACGUAUGGAAAUUUUGAAAGAAGAAUCGGCAAACAAAAUAGCAGAAAACAAAAUUAUUACACCAGAAAUCACGAAUGGAAACUUGUUUGUAGAUGAAGACGAUGCAAAAAGCAACCACAGCGAUGAAUCUAAUCGCUCUGAUGACAACGUUUUGAUAUCAAAUAGGUAUGGAAAUAUAGAAAAUAAUACGCAGGAACAAAAUAUGAGCAAUGAAACUGUAUCAACAGAAUCAGAAAACAACACGCAAGAAAAUGUCACCGAGACAGUCCAAAAUGAUUCGGUUAACAAUAAACAGGCAAUAAUUACGGUUAAAAAUACUGAGAAAAUACUCAGCGAAACGCUACCAAAAAGAGAAAAUAUAACAAAUAAUACACAAUCACAAAAGAUAGACAAGAACGCUCAGAGCCAAAGAGAAAAAAAAACAAGAAAAUCAGAAGUGGAGGAUCAAAAUGAAUGGGUUCCAAUUGGAAGCGGUAAAACACAAAUACAUAAGGACAAAUACAGAAAAGUAAAAUGGUCAUCUUAUACCAUAGCCACCAGAACUUUAUUGCUGGCUCUCUUUCCGAGAAGAACUCUGGCAACUCACUCUUUAACUGGAAAGAGAUCACCAGCUUUUCAGGACAAACCCGCAAAAAUGUGCUUAGACCCAAAGAAAAUAACAGAUAUUAUUAUUGAGGUAAUGGAUCGAUUCGACGUCAAGGAAAAUCUAGUCAGGAGUAUAAUUACAACGAAAUGCGCUGAUGAAAGCAAAAUGUUCAGAACCCGAAUGGAGAAGAAGAGAAAUGCAACAUCACACCCCAAAAAUGGACCUAACCAAAGCGGCUGCAAUAAGGAAAAUAAUUGAGUGACAAAAUGUUAGUCUGAUUAUAGUAAUUUAAGAAUUGUAAUACAUUUAUUCCGAUAAGCAUGAUUACAAAAACCAAAAAUCACAUUUUAUUCCAAGUGUAAAUUUAAUUAAAAAGAUCGUCUUAUAUUUCGUUUAAUCUUUUAUUACCCAGUAUUAAAAAAUGCUUAAAAAUAUUCAGUGUUGACUAGAUUAAAGAAAAUUGUUACGCACAUCCAUAGUUUCAGUAGAAAAUCAAAUAAAAUUAAACAACAUAGCCUACCUAGCUACUUUGUUAAAUCUAAUUGCCCUGUUGGAAUAUACCGAGUGGGGACAGGACUAGGUCUGUAUUUGUGCUAGCAAUGAUAGCUCUCAUGAGCAUCAUAUCAUCUGGGGUAAACUGCCAACCGCUUAACUGGCCCAGACUGGUCAGCUUUGGGCAGCAUUCCAUCAAUAGAUCCACUGUGUCCCUGGUUAGUCGUGGCGCGUUCGGGAACCAGAUCCCCUCAAGAUGUUCGAAUUUAUAUCGACGAAGCAUUCUGAAAUGCAUAAGUAUGUAAAUAAAAAUCAGGAAUCUUGUACCGAAUUUCGAAGAGCUAAGAAAAAAUAUUUCUGUGCUUGUAUUAAUUUCAAAACCACAUCCUUUCGUACCUACAAUGAAUCAUUCAAAUUCUUUCGUUAUUUAACAACAAUAUAAUCAAUAAUUCAACAAAAUUAACAUACCUUGACAUAUCAUUAUCAUCUAGC